AUGCCACGCCCCCGCGCCAGCCUCUCGGGCCUCAAUGCUUUUGGGCAAGUAGACUGGGACGACGCCUUCAAAGUCGAGGUCAAGGCUCCGUGCAGCGAAGACGUAGCAGCGAAGGAGCAAUACGGCUCUAACACCGCGGCCACAGCCAGCACAGCCAGCACAACCCCCUCUCCCCUCCAACCCAGAUCCAGCUCCCCAACAACCCCACCCCAACCCUCCAGCCAAGGACAAGCCCUCCUCGCCUGGGCCACCACACCAAACAUCCGCACCCCACGCGCCGCGCUCAUAACCACCGUCCUCAGGAGCAGCGCAGAAGAUGCCUCCCCGGGCCAGCUGCGCGCUGCGUGCUGCUGCUUGCGGGCGGAGGCGUGGGUGCGGGGGAUGCUGGACCUGGGCUACGUGCCUGGGACCUGCACAGCAGGGCCCGCAACCUGCACGGCAGCAGGGGAGGAGAAGCCGAACCAGCAAGGUGCGUUCCCACCCGGCGCUACGGGCACGUUGAGGCCGCUGCCGGGGCUGCCGCGGGGUGCAAAGGGCUUUAGUGUUGAAGGGGGGGUGCGGGUGUUUAGGCCUGUGGGGUCGGGGUUGGGGAGGGGGGUUGUGGUGGUGGGGGAGGAGGGGGAGGACGUAGAGGAAAACGACGCAGACAACGAGGACGACAGGGACAACGAAGACGACAAAGAGGAGGAGAACGACACACCCUCCACCACUACCGCCGACCGGAGCACUGACAUAGUCCCUACCAGCAAGCGCGAAAACCACGACAAGUGCGUGGUAAAAGAAAAAGAGGUUGACCGCGAGGACAGCGUCAGCAGCGUCAGCAGCUCUAGCGGAGAUGAUGAACGGGCAGGGUUGCAUGCUACCACCAUUACCGCCACCACCAGCAGCAGCACCAGUAGUGAAAUUAACGCAUGCAUCGAAGAGGAGAGCAGCAUGAAGAAUGAGUAA